CAACCUGUGGCGGCGCAUCAUCACUAUGCGACGGCCCUUCUAAACUACGUACGUUUGGGUUCUGUUGUGUUCAUCGGCAGCUCCGGGAAUGGAUAAAAAAAUGGAGAUGGAUAACCUGGAAAUUCGUCUGCAGGCGCUAGAGAGUCACGUAUAUGGCGAGAGAAGAAACAAAAGUGGAAAACCUGUAAAGUGUGCAGAGUCUUUGACCAGGAUUCAAGCAGGUCUGACCAACACGGCUAACAAGAGAGAACGAGUAAAGAUCCUGCACAAGAAGAUUGAGGACCUGUUAAAGUACCUGGACCCCCAGUUCACUGACCACAUCACUGUGCCUGAUGCCAUGAAGCUGGAGUUCAUCCUCGCUGAGGAGGAUUUCUUACUUUCUCAGGCUGCUUUACUAGAGCAGGUCAGCAACCUGCAGCCACUGCUGGACAGCACCUACAUCAGAGAUGUACCUGAACAUGCCACCAAGCUUCAACGUUUGUCACAGAUUCACAUCAAACAGCAGGACCAAAGUGAGGCUCAGUCACAGGAAGUUAAGAAGCUUUUUGAAGAAUAUAACAAAAUGAUGUUCCUGUUGUCCAAGCAGUUCACCCAGUGGGAUGAGACCCUGAGGAAGAUGGAAGAAGCCAAAGGAAUCCGACCUGUGGAGUAGUGACCAUCAACACUCAAUGCACUGUGGCGGGAGUGUCUGACCAGAUGUAUUACAGAUGUGAGACAAAGUCAUCACCACAUUUCGCAGUUUUUCUUUUAAACUUUUAAUUUAUUUGAAUCAGGUAAUAUAACUUUGAUAACCUCGCCUGAUGUAAGAAAUCCUCAAAACUUUAAGAAAUGAUCCUUUAACAAUUCCAGAAACAACAAUAUUUACUGCAAGUGGUACAGUAUUGAAGACAACAACACUAACACAGUAAUACUACCACUCAUACAAACCCAGUCAUACAGGAAGGAACUGGCUUUCCUGUAACUCUUUAAUUGUGGAAGAAUUCACUCCCAUCACCCAGCUAGUAGCUCAAACAGUUCUGAGAUGCUGUUAUGUUGUUUAUUGUCUAGACAAAAGUACUUUUCAUGCUUUCAUACCGACUUUACUUGUAAUGCAUUCCUGCACUGCCGCCUUACUGCAGGUUGGUAACAAAUUGCUCUUUUCCUAAUUAAAAAACACACACUUACUUUUUUGUGGAUCCCUCCUGACAUAUAACCUUGAAGUAGCUUCAGUAUUUUUUUUUUCAAUAUUUUGGUUUGAAGAUGUUAAGUAUAAAUAAAUGGGAUUGAUACAAUAAAUAUUACUUUUCUGGCUAUUCAAAAA